CAAUCUAACCCUAGACUGCGAGUAUCAUCAUCAUCAUCUCAUCGUAUGGGGAUCUUCGCUAGCCUCCUGCUUCAUGAAAACAUAUCUGCGCCUAUCUCUUUCUUUAUUCGAGUCAGAUGUUGUUGGAAAUGAGAGACUUCAUAGCUCAAGAAGAUAGUAGAGAGUUGAGAAAAGUAAGAGAAUAAGUUCAUUGCUUUUGGUUAGUAUUAUCAACCCUGUGAGACCACUGAAUAGAACUGUGGUGAAUUUCUACUCUGCAAAAAACUACCCUCCUCGUUCAAAACGCAGGAGCCUUGCUUUUACUCCUUCCUCGUAUUACUCUACUUGGAAGAGAAUCAAUAAAAAUUGAAAAAUAAAAUACUCAGCUAAAAGAACACGGAGGAAAAAGCUCAAUCCGCUCAAUCUAAUUUAGCAAUUAAGGAAACGUUAACUAAAUAAUUUUAUGUGCGAAGUUUACAAGGGGAACGUCGUUUUUAACAUUUUAAUUUUAAUUAUAUAUUACAUCACGUAGAGGAACUAAUAGUGGGUUGGGGCUUCAAAUUGCAAGUUCAUUUUUUGUUGUUUCACGUUCAACGUUAAUAGAUUAUCGAUUUUAAUUGAAGGUAAAUAGUAGGUAAAUGAAUUCUUGUCAUCUUGUGUCUUGUACAUUACAAGCUCAUCGACAGACUUCCAAUGUGCAAUAAUAAAUGAUGAUGGAAAGGAAAUUAUUUUUUAGAAAAUUGUAACGGUUUCGACUUUGCAGUGUAGAGUGAAUCACACUGUGUGACGAUAAAUUGAUAACUCUACAAUUUAAUGGAAAUGCACAAUGUGACCCGGCCGUAAAACAGUGCUUGGUUUCAUCUUCAUCAAAGUUUGUCCUAUCUAUCUUCGUCUGGUUAUCACAAAAUAAGUUUUAAAAUCCUAGCAUAUUGUGGUAAGUGUUCAGUUCAAGUUCAAGCUAAUCAAAACAACCCCUGUACGACGAUGAUGGUCCUUAUCUCAUUUCCUGACAUUGUCGUCCUCAUGAUGCAUAAAAAUUCCCAAAGGCAGGAAAAUUGCUCCAGCUUUAAUUUCUAAACAAAAAAUCAGACGGAGGGAAAUGUCGGGGUCAAUGGUUGAAGUGAUGUCGUCUUCAACCACACCCAGGAUGGGACGACGUUCCAUGGCAUUAUCUGACAUAGACCCAAAAUAUGUGUCACAGAGCGGUAUCUGGGAAGCUUCGGAGGUGGAGACGUCACGCGGGAGUAUACGCAUUCAACAUUUGACCGCAGUUUCAGCCGCCGCGGCCAGUUCUCGAGCGUCCAGUGCGAGUAUGGGAUCAGCUUGUGGGGGAGGAAUUAGUGGUGCCAUUAGCUCUGCGUCUUCUGGAAUUACUGCUGGCGGCGGUGGGGCUUCGAAUAACCCAAGGUUUCCUAAAUUGGAAGAGUGUGCCCAUUUUCACUAUGAUUGCGUGGAGCUUCCUCAACUGAAGAUUCGAAUUCGAGAUGAUCCUUCAAAACCAAUAUCCGUCACUGGAGAUGAAAAUCAGGACAAAUGUGCCUUUUCAAUAGAGGUGGUUGCCGGUGGGCAGAGUUGGGCGAUAAGGAGGACGCACAAUAACAUUCAGAUGCUAGACAGCCAGCUUCAUCGCUGCGUUUGGGAUAGGACGUUCUCUCUUCUAGAAAAAGUGCAUCAAGAGUCUGCUGUCGACCAACUCCAACAACAGCAUAAUGGGUGCUGGGAGUUCGUUACAAAUUAUCUCGCGCGAUUGAACCAGCUUCCAACAUCGGCUAUUACCUGUGGAACUGUACUAAGCUGGCUUGAGUUGGACAACCGUGGGAGACACAUCGUGUCGUCAGAUGAGAGUGCUAUUAAUACUCCAGCAGUUGCAGCGGCUUGUGCCGUGAAGAAAUAUGUUGCUCAAGCUGCGGACGAAAUAUCAUUCGAGGUUGGUGAAAUGAUAUCAGUAAUUGACAUGCCCCCACCAGAGGACUCGAACUGGUGGAGAGGAAAAAGAGGGUUUCAAGUUGGAUUUUUUCCAAGAGAUUAUGUCCAGGUUAUUGGUGACAAAAUCCCUGCCGGUCUACCGAUUGUGCCAUCAGUCAGAAAACUACAAAGAUUAUCUGUUUCUUCCUCAUCCACUACUUCAUCUGUUCCGGACAAGCCUGUGCUUCGGAAGCAUGGAAAGCUUAUUGCCUUCUUUAGGAGUUUUAUCCUUUCGCGUCCAUCAAGAAGGAGAUUAAAACAAUCUGGAAUCUUACGUGAACGAGUAUUCAGUUGUGAUUUAGCAGAACAUUUGCUAAAUACGGGCAACGACAUCCCCACUGUUUUGCGAAGCUGCGCAGAGUUUAUUGAGAAGCAUGGCAUUGUUGAUGGCGUAUAUCGGUUAUCUGGAAUUACUUCAAAUAUUCAAAAGCUUCGGAAUGCAUUUGACGAAGAUAAAAUUCCUAAUUUGGAGUCAGACAUGGCAAUCAAGCAAGAUAUACAUGCUGUCUCUUCACUACUAAAAAUGUUCUUUAGAGAAUUUCCUAAUCCUCUUUGUACAUAUCAACUGUAUGAGAAAUUCGUUUCUGCUGCCAAAGAAUCUGACCAGGAGAGAUUAUUCAAGAUGCGUGAAGUUGUCCACGAGUUACCUCCUCCACAUUAUAGGACUCUUGAAUACUUGAUGAAGCAUUUAUCCCGUGUUGCUGAACGAAGUAGCGAUACUGGUAUGACCCACAAAAACCUCGCAAUCGUCUGGGCCCCUAACUUAAUUCGGUGCAAGGAAUUGGAAACCGGUGGCGUAAAUGCUUUAAAGGGAAUUGGGGUUCAAGCUGUAGUGACAGAAUAUUUGAUAAGACAUGCUGAUCUCAUUUUCAAUGAUAAACUACCUACAAAUUUCCCUACAACAACAACAGUAUUAACACAAAAGUCUUCUGGAAGUUCCAGGCCAAAAUCGCUGGCUAUUUCGUCCCCAAUCAAAUUAAUGUCACUAGAAGAAGCGCAAGACAAAGCAAGGGAUGACAGAAAGUUUAUUGACGUUGGAGGCGGCCCAUCGUCCCUUCCUCCAAAAUAUCACACAGUGAUUGAUCUUCCUAGUAGUAGGAGGGCAGGGUUGAAGAAUAAGCGAUCACCGAUGGGGUGGAAACACUUCUUUUCGAGGAAUCGCAGUUUUAAUGCUUCUAAACCUCAAAGGAAAGCUUUUACACCUGGUGACAUCACAGUAAUUACAAAAAAUAUGCCACAGCCAGGACCUCAAGGCAUGCAAACAAAUUGGACUGGUCGACUUCGCCCACUUCGUCCAGUGAAAAGUGUCGAAUCAUUAGUGUCGCCUCCACUUUAUAACACCGCCACUGGCUCAGGUGCUGGUCACGGAAACGAAUCAUCAGCAAUACUACGUGACCAACACUCUGAAUCUGUCAUCAUGGAAGAAAUGGAAUCAUCUUUGUCGAGAUCAAGUCCCGCCACCCCAGUCGCUGCUGACGUUGUAUUCCAUCCUCUACCCGCAAAUUCAAUUGAUGCGAGAUGUCUUCAAAGUAAAACACAUAAUAGGUCUAUCUCUCAUGACUCUUAUUUUGAGUUUGGAGAAUUUCGCAACAGCAAUAACGUAUACAUUGACGAUACGCUGGAGGAAGAAACAAUGUCUCAAUCAUCAAAAUUGUCGCUAGAUCUAUCAGGCAGUGAAAUCGGUAGCAAUGUCACUAGUCCUGUCAAAGCUGCUGGAUGCUCUCUCCGCUCAAAAUCUGAAGAAAGGGAACGUUCUCGCAAGGAACCUUUUAAAAGUCCAAUAACACCUCCACCAAGUGCAGCGUCAACUAUGCAUCCUAGUGAUUCCUAUCAAAAUGCAUUGUCAGAUGAAAAUAUAGUAGUGACGAAACGAAACUCGACCGCUACCUCACCAAUAUUUUUCAAAUCUCAAGCGAGACCAAGCAAGUGGAGGGAUUCGGAAGUGCAAACUUCACAAUUAAAGCUAUCCGAUGUUGGCGUGUCUACGGAGGAGGAGAGUGGUAUUUAUGGUACGGGUACAAGAAAAGGCGUUGAUUCUUCUACUUCGAUGGAUGAAGAGCUAGGCAGAUAUGAACUAGAUAAGAACUCCAGUUUUGACGAGAGCUCGGAAAUGUCAACUCCAGAGAAAGAGCAGUUUCUCAGUAGUAUUUCAACAAAUAUCAUUUAUUCCCCGCUCGUGAACGAAAUAUCUUCAAUGUCUUCAGCCGAGCAUAUCAAUCUUCUUCAUUCUACUAGUAGCAUAUCCUCGACAUCUACUCAGAAACUGUCAGUGAACUCGAAUCGGUCGUCAAAAUCAGUUGAUGAUGCUUUCACAACAACUUCUAGUGCUAAUGUAUGCCUGUUCGUCUGUCCACUUUACGAAGCGGGCGUAACAAACGAAGAUUUGAUUGGAAGACCUGCUGCUCACCAAGAUGUUUUUAAUCAAUGCCAGGCGGCUAAUGAUGAUGUGGUGGUGUUGGUAGAAACAACUAACAGCGUUGCUCAAGAAGCAUCAUCGUCAGAAAUUGCUGAUUAUUCUGAUUUAAAUUCAAAUACCUCUAAAGACCUUUCUCACAUUGCUGUGAAUAAUAAUCCCGUAGAAAAUAAGUAUGAGAAUGAUUCUAUUGGGAAAAUUGAUGAGUUGACCACUGCUUCCAAUAUUCUAACGACCGCCAAGACGAUUCCACCACAAAGCAAGGAAAUCUGUCAUAUUUAUGAAAACGAAAGAAUUUAUCAAAAUGAACCAGUGGCACCUUCCAGAAAAAAACUAGCAGUAUCAAGCGAAACAUUAUCAUCGAAAUCAUCAUCAUCAUCCGUGCUUCACCCCAACAAUGUAACUACUACUUCAACUCAACUGGAAUCCUUCUCUCAGCAAAAUCAAAUCUCUGAAGAGAAAUCAGGUGCUGUAUUGGAAUUUGAACAAAUUAUAAUGAUCAAACCGAAAGCCAAAGAACCUUUGCCGCUCACUUGCAUUGACGUCAACGCUGCAUACACUGACUGCAUAGGAGAGGAACAUUAUGAAAACAUUAGUGAAUCACAUUACGAAGGAAAUAUUUAUGAAGAUAUCGACAGCGAAAGUGACAAGCAGCAAAGAGAGGGUAAAUACAGAGGGACAAAUAGUUGUAGGUACGAAGCUGUUUCAUCCCCACCCAUAAAGCCUAGCGAUACUUUUGCUGUCAGCCUCUCCUCUACGGGUUGUGGUACUGGUGGUCGACUCAAAGAUAACUCAGCUCCAUCAUCAUUUUACCCACCUCAGGAUUUACCAGCAGAAGAGAACUGGGAUGAUCAUGAUGAUGGUGAUUAUGAGAGCGUUCGAUUUCAAAAAGUGGACGACAAAUUAAUUCCUCAUCAUUAUUCUGAAAUUGAAGAGAAAACAGCAUCAACUACAGCUUUAGACGAUAAUAAUGAUGACAGCAAAUCGGGUUCCACCCCUUCUCAUUCACGAACUGAUGAAAUGAUCACAUAUCUUGAAGUCCAAACCCCCUCAUUCAAGCUAAGAACGGAUAGCCUGGAGGAUAAUAAUAAGAGUGAGGAACAGUCUUCGUAUGAGAGCGUGGGUCUCAAAAAUUCAGAAACCAUUGAUGAUGUGAAUUCUCCCAUCUCAGUGGACGAAGUGAUUCACUUUAUUGAUAGCCCCUUGGUUGUGGAAAACCCAGUUUAUUCGCUAGAAAUGGAGGGGAUCAAUCCUGAAGAUAUUGAAACCAUGCACAAAACUCAAAUGCAAUGUAGUCGUGGUGCUGGUGGUGCGGAAGAAGAUGAUGGAGAUUUCGACGUAUCAAUUAAUGAAAGCGUUAGCCUCAGUUUAUCCGUGGAAGAAGAUAAAAGUAACACAACUCAUGGGAAACCAAUGCAACUGAAAUCUCAAAAUUUGAAACUUCUUGGCCGUUGUAACAGCGCCCCAUUAACAGAAACUAAGGUAGACUUUGUCAUUACGGACGUCUAUCGACAAUCAGAUGACAGACCAUCUUCCACACUGGUAAAUGAUCAACAAAAGCAUCAACAAAAUAAAAACAACAACGACAACUUAACCCUGUUUAAGCUCCCUUUAAAUAAGCGACUAUCGGAACCCUCACUGCUGCAAUUCAAUGUAAACUCAAACUCUCUCACCAUAAAGACUGAUGAAAAUAAUGCAACUGCUUGGAAACUCACGGAUGCCAAACGUCUUGCCAAUAGGAAGUCAAGUGUUAAAGAAUUACUUUCAAAGUUUGAGAGUCGGGACUCGACGCCAUCCCCCACAAACACAUCUUUCAGCAACCAUUUUAACACAUUACCACACGUUCAUAACAAUAACAAGGAUACUCAGGGCUCAUUAGUUCCAGGUCUUCCAAAGCCAGUGUCACAAAAUUCGCUUAAGGUGUCCGUUCGUGGUAGUGGUAGCGCCGUUAUUGGAAGAAACAAAAACACCGAUGCGUUAGGAGGAUUUGGUGGUACUGGAACUGGCAGUGGACGUUUUCAGCAUCAUCGGUUUUCUAUGGGUGAUAUUCUUCUUGGCCAAUCCAUGUCUGAAUCGGAUGACCUCAAUUCUGUGUGCAGUCAUUCUCCAUCUCCAAAGAACUCUAUGAUUCGAUCUGAUACAUUCCCAGAGUUAAGGUCUGCAAAUUCUAGAGUUCCAACCGCAUCAAAGGAGAAUCUUGACUUAAGUGCAUCGUUGGAUAGAAAUUCACAGUCACAAGGAAACCUAUUGAACGAUAAUAAUGAUGCGAGUCCAUUGGUUCCAGAAAAAGGUGCUCAAAAUGCUCUCCGUAUCGCCAUGAGUGCUGUCGAUAUGAAUGAUCCAAACACUAGGGAGCGGAUUGAAAAGUACAAAGAAGAACGAAGAUCAUUUCUCCGUCAAAAGAUUACAUCUGAAAUUAAUUCAGAGUGUACUCAAAAACCAUGUAUUGCGACGACGACGACAGAAGAAGGCGAAAAGGAAGAAUCGCCAUCCACGUUAUCUCCAGCAGACGUUGAAUCCUGCAAUAGUGAAGUUUUAAGCAAUCGAUUAAACGCUAAUGAUAAUGAUUCAUACAUUUCUACAAUAUCUAACACCACUCGUAGCAAUUCGUCUUCAACUCAAGUUACGACAUUUACUAGUAACAAUAAAUCACCAUCAGAUUCACCAAGAAAACGAGCAUUUUCUGAAGAUAUUCCUCAAGCUUUCUCAAACUCGUAUUUUACAAAGACGAAAUCAAUAAAAACGGAACCUGAAUUCACCAAAUAUUCAGAAGAAUCUUCCACCACAAAAUCCACAAUUACUCAAGGAAUUAAAAUCCAUGAAAAGAUUGCAUUAUGGACUUUACAAAAGAAGGAGAUAUCGAAAUCUACUCUUUCUUGUGCUGAGAUCUCCUCUAACAAAUCCUCCACCGACUCAAGUCACAAACCUUUUGUGAAACCAAUCUUAAGAAGAGAAGUUACCACGAGUUCAAUUAGUUCUGUUGAAUUAAGUAAAUGUAAGUUAAAUGUGGCGAGAGUUGAAAAUAGUAGUAAUGGUGGGAAAAAGAUAAAGGAUAUGGCUGCCUUUUUUGAAGCCAAAAAGUUUUAACUAAUAUGUUUUACUAAAAUAUGUUUUAUUAAAAUAUGUUUCCUUUUAUGGUAUUUUAUGGUACUCAGUGUUCACGACACUUUUAUAAUAAGAAAUGGAACAGUAUAUAUUUUAAGUUUUUUUACAACGAAAUAGAAUUGUAACUAAUAUGAGGCCUUUUAAGAUGAAUUUCUAAGUCUGCUGCUUAACAAAGCUUGAAAUUAUAUGUAGCUUUACCUGUUGUGCAGUAUACCACAAGCAAUGCAAUUGCAACUUUUAACUUUUAUUUAUGCAUUGUUACUAAAUAGUAAAAUUUCGUCUCAUUUUAAACAUUGUGGAAUUGAGAAUUUCUGCUGUACUAACUAUUAAUAGUUGAAUCUCCUCGGUACACAAGUUUUAAUUAGAUGCAAAUAAACACACAGCACAGAAUUAUCAUUGGCUAGGUCCCUGAUGCUAGCUCCCCAUACCCACCGAUACAUAUACCGUGAAUAUCUGCAUGGUACAAAUAAUCAUAAGUAAUGAGGGUGUCGAUGAGUAUACAGGAUCAGCAUUACUAGUUUGCCAAUAUUAUCAGUACGACAAAUUGGUCCUUAGUCAGAGAGGAUAAUUCCGUGCUUGACCUGAAAACUGAAAAUGAGUUUAUUUGAGGUACGUAGUAUGUAAACAUUUUUAUGCCAAAAUGCCGUAUGAGAUAAUAAAUUGAGAAGGAUGCCUACCUCAAAAUAAAAACGAAUUUUUGCGUGAUAUACUGUGGAAAUUCUUAUACACAUAUGUAUGCAACGUUAAGUUUUAAAGGUUUGAGUUGCAUGUCGUGCUUAAUUUUGAGUGCCUUCUUGAAUUUAGUAAAUGCUAAAAAAUACGAAAUAUUCGAAAUACAAUUUUAUGAAAUAUGUAUGCAGGAUCUCUCUUUAAGAUAGAACAUGACACCUUCACAACAAUAAAUGAUGCAUAGGCAUAAUAAUAUGUAUGUAGACUUAAGGUUAUAUAUUUCACUGAAACACGUUGGUUUUUGCAUUGGUUUCAGUAUAGCUUUAAAUUAUGUGUUUUUGAUUUUACUAUUUGUUUGUAUUUAAUAACAUGCAAUUAUACAUACAUAACUUCUAUUUAAAAUGUUUGCAACAUCACCAAUUCUGUCAUGUUUUUAUACUGUUUAUUAAAGUUUUGAUAUUACUUCACUUUACACAUUUUAAUUGCAAAGAAAGGAACGGUAAUUACGGCAGUAUGGAACUCCCGAAACUAAUUUAUUGUAAUAACAAAUAUGCAACUAAAGAACAAAGACGAAAUAUGUAAUAUGCAGAAAAUUAUGUUAUACGUAUGUAAUUGAGCUCGUUCGCCUUAAAGAGUGGGAAUAAAAAUUGACCCUACUUUACAAAUAUAUGUAUCUAAUGUUAUCCGAAAUUAAAUCAUCAUAAUUUUGUAUCAUAUUAUGAUGUUUGUUCAUCAGCUCAAUAUUCAGUGGUUUUGAAAUAAAUCAGUGUUUCCUUAUGGAACAAUGUCAGAGUGAAGAACCGUUUAUCCAAUUAUGUAGCUUUCGACCCUACAAUUUGUAAAGAUCCGGAUUACUGAAUAAAAUAGUUGUAUUAUUGGUGCCACCAGUUCA